GCGCGGCGCGGCCAAGCGGGGCCGGUGCUGCCGCCGGUCCCGUCCUUCCCCUCCGGCUCCCUCCGCUCUGUCCUCCCGUCCAUCCCUCCAUCUCUCCUUCCCCCCCGCUCUGUUUUCUCGCCGUCCGCGGGCUCGGGCCCCCCACGCCGCUGCCACCCUGAAGUUUCUGGCGGUGCUGCUGGCGGCGGGCAUGCUGGCUUUCCUCGGGGCCAUCAUCUGCAUCAUCGCCAGCGUCCACCCGACCGGCACCGGCCCCGCCGCGCCCGCCGCCGACAAUGACUCCGCCGCCGCCGCCCUCCUGCCCGCGGGCGACAAGGGGCUGGGGGCGCUGCACGGCCCCGCCGAGGCUUUGGCCAGCGCGGGGCCUCGCCUGCCGGGGGGGCCGCCGCUCUUUAGCCGCUUCGUGUGCACCCCGCUGAGCGCCGAGUGCCCCGACAGCGGCCCCGGCCCCGAGGAGCUGCUGGCGCUGCGCAGCGCGGCCGCUCAGCUGCGCCGCACGGCGCUGGAGCAGAAGGAGAGGAUCCGCAUGGACCAGGAGACCAUCCGCGAGCUCACCGGGAAGCUCAGCCGCUGCGAAGGGGGCCUGAGGAGCAACCCACCCGCCCCCCCCGCUGCCGCCGCCGCCGCCGGGCUCCGCGCCGCCCCGCGCCCCGGCACCAUGGGGCACCCGCCCGCAGAGCCGCCCGCCGUGCGGGAGCUGGAGGAGGCCGUGAGAGCCCUGCAGGACCGCAUCGACCGCAUCGAGCAGGAGCUGCCCACCCGCACCAAUGGCUCGGUGCCUACUGCUCCAGCUCUUGCCCGUGAUGCCCUCCACACCAAGAUGGAGCAGCUGGAGGAGCAGCUCCUCUCCAAGAUCCUGACCCUGCAGAAGGAACGCCAGGCUGCAAACACUGACCGCAGCCAGCAGCAGCACAACAUCGAGAAGGAGUUGAACGCCCUCCAGAACCGAGUGAAGGAGCUGGAACAUGGACCACCAAGCUACAGCCCUCCUGACGCCUUCAAGGUGACCAUCCCAGUGCAGAACAACUAUAUGUAUGCCCGCAUGAAGAAGAGCCUGCCAGAGCUCUAUGCCUUCACCAUCUGCAUGUGGCUGAAGUCCAAGGCCCAGGCAGGGCUUGGUACCCCUUUCUCCUACUCUGUCCCAAGCCAAGCCAAUGAGAUCGUGCUGCUGGAGUGGGGUACCAACCCCCUGGAACUGCUCAUCAAUGACAAGGUUGCCCAGCUGCCACUGAGCCUGAAAGACAAGGCCUGGCACCACGUCUGUGUGGCAUGGACCACCCGGGAUGGCAAGUGGUCAGCGUAUCAGGAUGGUGAGCAGCGGGGCGCUGGCGAGAACUUGGCCUCCUGGCACUCCAUCAAGCCCCAGGGCAUCAUCAUCCUAGGCCAGGAGCAGGACACGCUGGGUGGCCGCUUUGACGCCACACAGGCCUUCGUGGGGGAGCUGGCACAGUUCAGUGUGUGGGACCACAUGCUGGCACCGGCGGAGAUCCUGGGCUUGGCCAACUGCACCUCCCACCUCCAAGGCAAUGUGAUCCAGUGGGACGACCAGGCAGUGGAGGUUUUUGGGGGUGCCAGCAAGGCAGGCUUUGCUGCCUGCGAGGAAGGGAGGAAAGCAUGAGAAGCCCCUCACCCCCUCCCCAGUGCCAAGGAGCCUGGUGGCAGCCCUGAAGCAGGGAGCCCCUCUCUCUCCUCCCCAGCCAACAAGCCUCACCGUCAUGCUGGGGCAAUGCUCAAGCCCCUCUGUGCCGGUGUUCCGGGAGGGAGGCAGGGACCCCAGCAGCCUCCCUUUUGCCCCUGUGCCAGUGGUGUGGCUUGUCCCCCCUCCAGGCAUGUCUACCACUGGGUUUGCCUUCUCCCAUUUGUGUUUCAAGAGGACUCUGCCGUACCUGCAGGUGUCUCCAGUACAGCGAGAGUUCCUUCCUUGUCAGCCCCAUCAGGGAAUGGGGAAGGAGACCACCAUCUGCCUCAAGUGCAGUCUGGCCUCAGUGGGAUGCCAGCUUGUGGGCAUCCUCUGAGCACAUGUCCUUUCCUUAUUUAUUUCUAGUGCUCUGCUAUCUUUUUUUGUGAGCCUGUGCUCCAAAUGAGCCCAAAGGCUUGGCCAGGAGUAUCUUCACCUCCAGCCCCAUCCUCUCUUCUCCUGCCAUGCUGGUUUUAAAGCAUGGCCCUGGGGAGGCUGAGGGAGGAUGGUGAAGGUUUGGUGGGGCGGCGCUGCCUCCCUGCAUCCCUUUCCCUGUCUUUGCUGCCUGUUUGGGCAGCCUGAGGGGAGUCAGGCUUUCGAGGCAUAGGGAAGCAGAGCUGGACCCUCCAGCUGGGGGGCAUCAGUCAGCCACCGAGGGACCACGGGGAAAGGGGAAAAGCAUCUCCCUCUGCCUUUGAUCAAGGGGGAGCGAGUGCAGCACCACUGUCAAAGGGAGGAAAAGCAAGAAAAAACGAGCUGGAGGAUGGUGGUGGCCAGAGGAGCCCUGCCGUUCUGUCCCCUAGUCUUCUGGGCACUGGAUUCAGUGGCUGCCCUUGCCUCCACCUGGGUUCCCUACUUUGAGCUGCUCCUGGCCAGGGACAGGGCUGCCACUAGCCUUGGAAUUCGGAGGGGCAAAAGGGUGGGCUGGUAUUUUCCCUGUGGAGUGCCUGAGAAUACGCUGUUUCCACACUGCGUGGUCACCAACAUCUCGAUAUGUGGGAGUGUGUGUGUGUGUGUGUCCCCGUGUGUGUGUCUGGGGGGUGGGAGGGUUAUUUCAGGGGUCUCAUGGUUGCUCAAUGCAGUGUCCAGCUUCUAGUGCUCCCUCCAACCCCAAGUCCCACUUUGCGCUUUCGGCGAUGGCUGCCUCCCAGCCCUGAGGAGGUGAAGAGGGCGGAAGGGACAGCCCUGCCACCCAGCAUCACCCUCCCGCAGGGCCCCCGCCGGUGGUGGGGCAGCUCAGCCUGCCGGGGGGGACACAGCAGGGAUAGGGCACAGCCCUCGUGCCAAGUGGGAAACACUGUGACCUUCGUGCACCCUGCCAAGCUGCCUCCUCUUCCUCGCUCGCUCACGCGCUUUCUCUAAUGCACAGUUGUGAAAGGGACCCCUGAUGCGCGCCUGUGUGGGGACGUUUCUUUUGUAAAGCUGAUCGUGGACAAUAAACGUGAUGUUUUCUG